AUGGUAGAUGAAGACAGUGCCCCAACUACCAAGGGUGAUCUUAAAUACCUCCUGCAUGAACUGCGAAUAAUGUACCAAGCAGACUGCACACGGAUCCAUGAGGAAAUGCAUACCCUCUCCAGUCACAUAAAAGCUGUGGAAGAUAAAUCUGUGACAGCCCGUCAGGCCAAACUCAACACUGCCCUACUCACCCAGCAGCUCACGCAGCAACAUGUUGCUCUCACCCCCCAGGUUGCUGGCCUGGAAGACACCUUGCGCCAGCGCAACCUGAAGAUUAGGG